UUUCAACUAAAGUCUUUUACAUUUAUAAUCUCCUUGUUUCUAUUUUCGUCUAUUUUCAUUAUUCAAUUAUAUUCUUUCAAAGAAACAAUAUUUCGUUCCCUGUGAUUUUCUAAAUUAAUCGAACAUGUCGCUAGACGGAUCAGGACUAGGAGGGAUGGCUAUAUAUGGCGGAAGCUUACACGGCAAGAAAGUUUCACAGAGAGAACAUGAAGAUUUUUACGGCAAGCACAGCCUCAACCGUCGGCGGAGGAAUAGGAGACAACGGUGGAGGAUAUAGCGGGUGGUUCUGGGGAAAGCUGAUCACAAAGAAAAACUCGCCCAAAGUUUGUGAUCUGACAACUAUAGAAUAAUAAGCUAAGAUGGUCACGUCCAAAACUAAUCUAAGGAAUGAGAAUUUAGGUUUUUCAAUAUCGGUUUGUUUUACGUUAUUUUCUGCAUUAUGUUUGGUUUAGACUUUACAUCGUGUGAAUCUAUUUAUGAAUAUAUUGGUUUUACGAUUUUAAAAAAGGGUUUAGAGAGGAUGUUUCCUUAUAAAUAUUUAUAGUGUAGUUUUUGUAGAAUAUUUAGAGUGUAGUUUUUUUUAUAGUAAUUAUUUGAGUGGAGGUUAUUGUAAAGCUAUGAGAUUUUCUAUAACGUGUAUAGCUCGUUGCUAUGUAUUGUUCUUAUAAAAGACUAGAUAAAGCCCGUG